AUGGAGUUUGGGAAAUGUGGCAAAAUUCCGCAACUUGCAGAAGUGCUCAACCUCCGCAUGCUAUUGGUUAUUGAAAAUUGGCGAAAAUCGCUCUGUGAGAAAGACAGUGCAUUUAAAGCCUCUGUCACCAGUGAGAGUUUGUGUCCAGUCAACCCUGACAACUGCCUUCCUGAACCCUUCAAGGAACAAAUCACGAGCCAGAUUAAUGCGGUCCUCCAAAUGGAGCAUCCUGUCUACAAACUGAUGUUUUCUCGAGCUGUCGACUUUCUGCGUUCCGCACUAUCCGCACGACCACCAGACCCUAUUCCACUUCCAACAGGAUUUGGAGCACUCUCAGAAAGCACUACAACAACUCCAGCCUGUCAACCCUCCGUGCCGUUGGAUCCAAGUGUGUGUGCGAUGGAAAAGCCCUCGCUGAAACUACGAGUAGACAUGGAUGGAGACGCUGAUCCUGUCAUUCCUAGUGCCGUUUCCGUGGGCUCUGCUUCGGCCCCCUCCGCCUUGGCAACUGCUGACCUCUCACGAGUCUACGAUCUCGCUCUGAUUGCUUCGCGCUUGAUGCCUCUCGUGGCACACAAUCGACACGUUUUUGGACCGCAUUACGCCGAAAUUAUCCACGAUCUCCUGAAGCCUCCACGUGGCGACUGA